AUGAACUUCACGAGCACGCCGGAGUCACCAGCGUCCUUCCCGGGCUCUUCGAGCAACGGUGGACGGAAACGCGUCGAGUUCUCUCCAUGGACGAACGGUCCAACUCCCACCCUGCCGAGCCGCUCACCUUCAACCACGUCGACUGUGAAGCCGCUACCUCCCUCUUCCGAAUGCCAACCGUCUCUAAAAUCAAUCCUGAAGACAACAGCAUUCGAUGGACUCUCCCUUCCCAACCCCGCGGUUGUACCAGAAGAGGAACUUUCAAUGAGCGCGAUGAUGGAGAGUAUUGUACAGCAGCUAGCAAGUGAUGAGCGGACUAUAUCAGUAGAUGCAUACCAAAUACUUGCGAAGGUGAUCAGGCAAUAUGACGAUAUCCCUGACGAAGCAGUUCUCAAGAGCAAGGUCUCAGCGAUCCUCAGGUAUAUCAAGCGAGACCUGUUAAGACCAAUGGACGAAAUUGCAGACACAAGUCUGAUCACCCAAGCAUUGAAGGUGCUUGUGAUAUUCGUCUGGAAUCCCGAAUACUCUUCCUUUCUGAACGACGAAUAUCGCACGUUCAUCCUCGACCGCUCUAUUUCAAUCAUCUCUGAGCACACUGCACCAAAAAGCGUCAUCAUUCAUUACCUGCACCUCCUUGCCACUCAAAAUUUCCGACCUAUUCUGCUUACUUCCAAUAAUAGGGUUCUGCGCCUGUUGGAGUCUCUCAAGGCUCUCUCAGAGCACAUCAAAGGCAUCGGUGUGACGCUGGAAAGAAUCUUGGUCUAUAAGAAGCUCCUCGAGCAGUCUAAGUUGACCAUGAAAGCAAAAGCGAACCUGUGGAUUGAGGAGCUUUUGACUGGAAUGACAAACAGCUGCAAAGAAGUCAGAGUCAAGGCGAUUGACUUUGGAGUUCAAGUGUGCGCAGCCUUUCCCUCGUCCCCAUCGAUAUCUGGCCCCACCAGAAAUGUGUUAGAGCGUGAACUUGAGAACAAUGUGUCCUUUGGCGCGGCCAUCUGCCGAAGGCUUGAGAAAAUGGUUGCGUCCAAAGACGACAUGUCACAGGUCCCUCAAAUCUGGUCAACAAUAGUUCUACUUAGUAACAGCAUGGACACACGUAUCGACAGUUGGGCAGAUCUCAAGAUAUGGCUCAAGGUAAUUCAGAAAUGCUUCAAUGGCAGCGACCCACUCGUUAGACAGCAAUCGAACUUGGCUUGGAACCGAUUGGUAUAUGUCGCUAGACCACAUGAAGCUUCGGACACACUUCUAGCCAUGCUGGCAAAACCUGUCACCAUUCAGCUAGAGAGGCCAACAGCAGACAAGACAGUCAAAGGAUCCAGAAUGACCGCUGUGGGGAGUUAUUGCAACUUGCUUUACUACGCCUUCCGGCCUGCCUCCACCCACAAGCAAUAUACCCGAAUUUGGAAUGAGUAUAUCGUCAAAGUUAUGAGAAGCUCAUUCUUCGAGAGAAAUUCUGCAAACUCCGAUAUUGCUUGUAGGAUUUUCAUUGCUCUUCUGUGGAAUUCGAGUCAGGGGCCGAAAGUUUGGAACGAAAAUCGCUCUCUACAAGACUCUCGCAUGAUCGAGCCAGAAGAAAUUCCUACCCUUGAUUGCAAAUGGGUCAGGGCAAAGUGUUCGGCAAUCGUGGACAUGUUUCAGAUCUUGCUGCGGUACAGCUCUUGGGGAGCCUCAGGUCAAUCGGACAAAGCAUACAUUGCAGUGGCAUGGACGCAUUUCCUCCGGGCUCUGAAGGAUGCAGGCAGCAAGGAGAUCAAGCCGUCAGCAGAAACGAAGCAUGCUGCAAAUACCGUUCUUGAAUUCCUCGAGCGCAUAUGGCAUGAAGCUGCUCAAGGUAGCAGUGAAGUCGAUGUGCAAGUCGCAGCUCAGAUUAAGCAGAUGACACGAAUGUCUGUCAUGGAGCUGGGCCAGCACAUCUUGUCAAUGACACUGGAAACAAACGGCCAUUCACUUCGUUUACCAUUCAUAUUCUCUGAGGUAACGGGUGCGAUCAUUGCAGAGAUGUCUCAGCAACACGACAAUGGAGAAGCUCGUCUACACCCCUCGAACAACCGGAUCUCCAUGCAGUCACUACGGCCUCAAUACGAGAAGUGUUUAGACUUUAUGUGUGAGUCUAUCAUCAAAGAUAUUUCAGAGGAAAGCGUAUGCAACUUGAUGGAAGACUUCAAGACGCUUGACCUGCUGCUGCAGACUACAUCGCCAGAGCUUCUACGAGCAACAAUCAGCAGGCUUCAGAAGCCCCUCGCACUGAUGUUGAAGACUGGCUAUGAGGUACUACAACAAAAGUCCAUCAUCGAAUCAGACCAGCUCUACGAAACCUUUGGUAGAAGUAUUACCACUGCAUUAGGGAAGCUUCCAUGCAACGAUGUUGAGGCAAUGGAUGAUGUUUUCUCCUCUUUGUUCACGGGCAGCUCUACGGUAUUGGUCAAUCAGGCCAUUGUGAUGUGGAAUUCGACAUUUGCACAUCAGGAAACUAUUACGCUUGGUACUGGCUUGAGACAAGCUCUAUCGGAGCUUCAUAAGCUCACCGAUGUUUAUUAUCCUGGCAUGCCAGAGCAGCAAACGAGUCAACACCUUUUGGAUGUUUCGUCACCCUUAGAAUACGCCGAAACCCCAUCACCACCUUCACACCGUAGCGCUCGCACAUAUCAACCACCGCCGAAUGGCCUCGGCGUUGCAUCUCCGGAGUUGGGAAGUCAAGCUCUUACGAAUAACCGGAUCUAUUCAGACGAUCACCAAACCUACAUUCCUUCAAGUCCAGGACAAGUCAAAUCCAUUUCCGAGCCGACGCCGAGACAUGAUGACUCACAAGUACUCUUUGUGCCCAUCGAAUCAUCACCUACAUCAGUACUCGGGCUUGAGUCACAAUACCUGACAGUGCACCAGAAAGACGUUCGUGACAGACAGCGAUCAGAGCCAGCGGUUGUAUUCCCAGAUCUAAGAUCCAGUCCACAUCCUCAGAGCAAGUCACAGCACCAUGGUGACUGCGAAUUUGCCCGUAAAGCUGCGUCACUGGGAGAGUGCCCAUCUACACCCACCCUGCCAACAAACCAAGACCAUGGAGAACGAGAGAUCCAAGCUUCACCUACCCCACGUGCUCGACAUUAUACCAACCAUGUAAUGGACAUUGAGGUUCCGUCGUCACCGCCUUCUGUGCACGAUGGCGACACCAAGGGCCGAACAGGCCUUGAAAACCUCUCCUCUCCUCCGCAAGGGCCUGUCGAUGAUAGCCAGAUGAUCCUCGAGAUUGGAAUGCCUGCAUCGGAUGCACUAGACCAGAACGACGAUGAGAUGGAUGCCGCCGUCGACGCGGUCCCAACACCUUCAGUUGUCGACACCCCACUCCAGGAAGCCAUUGCAACAUUGACUCCUGGACCAGAGCGUGAUUUGGCAGAAGCCGAUGCAGAGGAUGGAGAAACCGAGGAGGAUUCGAAUGUGGUUGGUUCGAUGGCAGUGAUUGUCACCAAAGAAAUAAUCAUUAAUGAGCGAACAAGUCCUGUGGCGACAUCAAGAAGCGACAGCGACGAGAACGAUGUGCUUAGCGCCUCACAGUUGUCACAGGACCUUGAUCGUCAUAUUUACGAGUCUACUGGAAGUUCACUUCUGGAACAAGCAUUCGAGACUGCGCCGACAAGCAGCUCCAAUGAUGGUUGUGAUCAGGAAUGUUCCAAUAAUACCACACACAACUUUCGCAAACGCAAGGCUGGUAAUUCCGGCAAGCCAGCCAGAAAACGUCGCAUAAAAUCGACCUCACAGUUAUCCUCGCAAGCUUCAGGGGAAGGGUAUUCGUCUAGCCAAAAUGAGCUCCUGGACACUAUCGAGGUUAUCUCAUCACCCAGUGAUAGGAACAUUAUGCCAGAGAAUCCUGUGUCAGAACGACGGUCUUGCACAUCCGAGUCGACUCCAACACAAAGACGUGGACGUGGACGCCCAAGAAAGCGUGGGCGUGGUCUCCAAUCUGCAGACUGUCGACAGACUCCUCAAAUCGUAGCAGCUGUGAUAGUUCCCAGACCUUCAGCUUUGAAGACCGAGAACAGCGACUUUGACACACUGGGGGUAGAUGCUGGUCUCACGGAACACGUCGAGAGCGGAGAGCUGGUCAUAGUUGAUAUGGAACUGAUGCCGACCGAGGAAGAGUCCACAGAAAACGCCAUUCAAGAACUUGACGACGCGACUUCAGUGCCAGUUGUAGCUACCAGCAACAGCAAUCAGGAAUCGAGUGAACAGGCGGACCCAACCUUCCUUACGACGUUGCAGGCUGCGCUCGAUCAACUCAAAUCGAACACAACAGAAAAUAUCGAUCUGCGAGCCGUCGAUGACCUUUGCUUUCAAAUUCGGUUCCAUGCUCAGGUGCUCAGCCAGAAGUGA